AUGAAUAAAUCCAAGUCAAAACUAUCGCCUUUCUCGGCACUUAAACAAUCCAGUCCACUAAGAAAUCUUAGACCACCUCAACGAGAUGAAUCGCCCAAGGAAGGACCAAUUACUAGAUCCCGAACUGCCUCUUCGAGGCCCAGAAAGAUGGACGAGGCAGACAAGCCAGAAGCAUCGAGUCGGAAACGAGUGGAGAAGAGUGAAGAGAGGACCUCUAAGGAGUUCACAAACAGACCCUACAAUCACAGAAGAAGUAAAAUUGUAACACAUGCAAAGGAUUCAGAAGUACGGACAAAAGAUCAAACCAAAUAUUCUGAUUACCGCAGGAGACAUUCCGAGUACCGACCUAGAGAUUCGACACAAUUCCAUUUUCAACUGAAAGAAUCCCCAAAGAAAGAUUCAAAAUCAAAAAAUGAUCCAAAUCCUGGAAGUAUUUUCCCACGAAGGUCCUCUGCAAUGUCUUAUGCGGAUUUGCAUAUGUUUGAUCCAACUGUUCCGCCACCAAAUUUCUCUAAGCCUCUUCCUGAUUUUUCUGGCAAUACUGUCAAUGUUCCGCCUCCUCCCAUUUCUGGAACCUCAAAAUUUUCCCAACCAGGACCUUCUAAAGCUUCCACUUUUAGAUUUGAAUUGCCACAGGAGACUUUCCCUGUCACCUCUAAAGCCUCUACCUCAAAAUUGUCCCAAAAGCCCGCUGGGGACGGCAAAAGUGCUCAGGAAAUUCUGAAGGAAUUCCUCAAGAAGCGUGGCUACAGCACACAAAAACGUCCAAAACCGACACCUACACCAGAUGAUGAUGCAAUGGAAGUAGAAGAGGGGCCAAAGAUGAACAUUGCUCUGGCACAGGCUAUCCUUGAACAAUGUCGAGUUAUAGAAGAGAAGAUCUCCAAGCUAAGGGCACAUAUGGUGGCAGAAGUUGAUACCAUUCCGGACUAUGAGUGGGAAAUGAAGAGUCAGCAGAUGACUAUCUAUCGGAUGGAGAUUUGUGAGAUAUUGGACCCUAUUCUAGCACCGGGUGCUAUUGAGAUGCUCCAGGAGAGGCUUAAAGCACGUCAGGCCAAGCGGGAAUGGUUCCACAAGAAAAAUGCUGUCUAUAGGAGUCAGAAGCAGAUGGAGAAGGAGCGUAGGAUUCGCACAAAGGCCUUCAUUGAUGAGUGGAAUGAGAAAUUGAGGCAAAUGGAGGAUGAGAAGAGAGACAAGGAACUGGAGAAGCAAGCAGCCAAGGAGCUUCUCGUGGAUGUCACAAAGAGAAUCAGAGAGACCAAAAAGUUUAUUGAAAUCUUUGGACGUCUCAAGCAACUCUCAUUGGUGCGUAUUGUAGCAGAUGGUCAGAAUACUGGAGCUCCAGCUGAGGAUUUUAUGAAGAAAAUGGAUGAACUUCAAGCUGUUUGGGAGGAUCUUCUUGUGGAAUAUCAAGAGGAAAAAAUCACACUUGAUACCAUCCUCGAUCGUCGUACUUCACAUGUUCCUCUGCCGCCAGAACCAAAGUCCAUCCAGGCACAGUGGCUGGAGACGAUUUUUGGCGCCGAUAGCAUCUAUGAUGAUAACAAUCCACUCCUGAUCGCUGAACGUGAUAUCAGUAAUUUCUUUCACAUACGCGCACUCUGGGAUCGAUGUAUUGUGCCCGAUGGAGCUCCACCGGACAUGGGAUCAUCCAUUCCACUCUUCUGGGCUUUACCCUCACGCAAUUCCACAUCCCAGUGGUGGCCAUACCUUCAGAAGAAUUCGAACUGAUACCCCAGAGAUUGACGAAGAAAAUCAGUGAAAUUCACAAAUUUUCUUACACUCCUUUAUUUUUUUUUUAAAUUAACAAUUUCUUUAGUCUUGUAGACACAGUGUGAAGUAUAUUUCUUAUUUCUUUAACAAAUGAAUUCUAUAAUUAAUUAUUUUUGACGAUCUCUUACAUGUAUUAGUCUCUAAUCUAAUAUGCGAUAAUUUCUGAAAUAAAAGUUACAUGAAUUUCUUAAAA